AUGAAUCAGCUCGUUGAUGAUGGUUCGGCGCGAACCCAGACCCCCGUCGACAAUGCCAUGACGUUGAUGCCUGAGGCAUCAGAUAUCGAACUCGAGAACCGUCGAGCCCAAUUCGCGGAACUCUAUCGCAAAAGCGAAUCCAAGAUUGCCCUGCUAUUCGCCGAGGAUGGCAGCUACAAUCGAGCCGCGAUAGAAUCGUUUAAACGACCGCGACCCGACGCUGAGUCCCUGCUUCCUCCCACUACCGACCACGCGCCGAUUCAGGAGCCGCCCCUAAAAAAGGCUAAGCGGGUCAUCGAUGAAGACGACUACGGUGACGAUGAUGAAGACGAGGAGGAAGAAGAAGAAACACAACCUUCUCCGCUGAAAGCGAAGAGUGCUAGUGUUGCUGCCGCCAAGACUUUGCUGUCCCCAUCCAAAUCUGGAAGCUCUCCAGUCCAAUCCAUCUCCUCCCCUGGGAAAUCAGGCGACAAGUCAAAGGAUGAUGGAUCGCAAGGACAAGCCAAGUCGUCCGAGGAUGCGCGUAAGGCAUUGGAGGAAGCACGCAAUGCCACCGAAGAGGCGGCGAAGCGCAGCUUCCACACCCUCUUUUACACACUCGAGAAUGAUCGAACAGCCAUGCUAGAGCAACAACAACUUGAGGAGUCAGAGAAGCAGCUCCAGGCUGAAAUGGAUAAGAACGGCGGCAACAGCGCGAACAACGGACCAGGACAGAAUCAUGGCUCGUUAAGCAACGCGAAUCUCGGCGCGUCAAGCCUCACACUAAAACAUCUUAUUGCAAGAAUCGAUAUGAAGCGUAGCCAGGUGCGCGCAUCCGACGCGGAAUUGCGCUCGCUCAUGAAUGAAGUGCGAAAGAAUCGCUCUAAAUGGGCGAGCGAGGAGAAUGUCGGACAGGAAGAAUUAUACGAAGCUUUGGAGAAGGUGCUUAGCGAAUUGAAAGCGCAUACCGAGUAUUCCACUCCUUUCUUGCAAAGGGUGAAUAAGAGGGAUGCGCCUGAUUACUACAACAUCAUCAAACAGCCAAUGGACUUGGGCUCGAUGACGAAGAAGCUCAAAGGGCUGCAAUACAAGUCAAAGGCUGAAUUUGUCACUGACUUGAAUCUCAUAUGGGACAACUGUUUGAGAUACAAUCAGGACAUGACCAACCAUCUUAGGCGAAUGGCUAACGGCAUGCGCAAGGAGGCCGAGAAGCUUAUUCCCUUGAUUCCCGACCUCGUUGUUAGACCCCGUGCAGAAGUGGAAGCCGAAGAACGGCGAAAGCAGAAUGGAGGCGAUGACGAUGGCGGAGACGAUAGUGACGACGAGCCGAUCAUGUCUUCCCGGGGUCGCAAGACCGGGGCUAAAGGCACUGGUACCAAGUCAAGAAAAGCACCAUCAGACCAAAAGGAAGACACCCCAAACGUUGAGCAGAAGCCAUUACUGCAAUUGAACGGCCUUUUGGCCAAGUCUCACCGGGAAGGUUCUGAACUGGGAGACGGGAGCAAUGGCUUCGCUACCCCUCCAAUCGGCUCCAUCACGCCGAGUGGUUUGAAUGGUCAAUCUGGCAUUGGAAGUAAUGCAGAUGCGAUGGACAUCGACGGCCCCUCAUUAAAUGGAAUGGCUCUCAACCAAGCCCUGGGCGAGGCUGUAGAGCAAGAAUUCGAAGAUGAGGAAUACAAGAUAUGGAAACAGGUCACAAAGAAGGAUCGUGCACUUGUCGCAAAGGACAGGUUCCAGCUCUUCAAAGGCAACAAAUUGAACCUUGAAGAGCCUGCCCUUCUUCGGACCAAGGCCGCAAUGCGUCGAUAUCUCAGAAGUCAAAAGCAAGCGGAGUCAGCAGGUGUCAUCAUACCAGCAGGCACCGACUCAUCUGCCGUUGCAGCCAAAGAGUCCUCUAAGCCGACUGAGACACUUGCAGAAGGUAUGGAGGAUGAGGAGGAGAAAGUCAUCCCAGACUACUACGAGCCACAAAGUCUGAUACCUGAUAUCCCUCCAAAACUGCAGUGGAUUGAGGACAGCGAGGGUCAAGUCAUCAAUCAACAUGAAGAGUAUCUUCGAUUGAUACCUGAGGGUCAAUUUAUCUCUCCAGCAAGCCGACUCACAAAGAAGUUCGACGCGAACAUUCGCCAAAUGCAGGAAACUCGGAAACUGUGCUCGAAGAUCGGCGUCAUCAAACAGAUGCAGAUCCAGACUCAGGUUUACACCAACCAAUUUCCUAAGUACAAUCCUGAGCCAUUUAUAGAGUCCGACAUUGAGCCAAAUUUCAUCUCAGGCGAUGGGCCGGUGAUGGCUCCGGAACUUUGCAGGUCCGCCAUGCAGCGAUCCGUUGCCAAGAUAUUCUAUCAUGCCGGUUUUGAGGAGCUUCAACCUUCUGCAUUGGACACAAUUACAGACGUUGCCGCUGAUUAUUUCGGCAAGCUUGUGAAAUCAUUCAAUGUCUACCAUGAGGCUGAGAAGAAGGAUGCGGUUGGUGUUUACGCAGAACGUGGGGCGAAAUUCCAACCUCGAUUCACUCCCGAAGAAGUGCUCCUGCAUACUUUGUCCGAAAACGGCCACGACAUCGAGUCGCUUGAAAGUUACGCCAAGGAUGAAGUUGACCGCCUAAGCACCAAGCUAGGAGUUAUUCAUGAGCGCAUGAAGGCUCAUUUGGCCGAUCUUCUUCGACCAGCUCUUAACGAUGCCGGUCCAGACGGGGCUGGGGCAUUCAAGGACGGCAGCGAACAAUUCGUUGGAGGCGAUUUCGCCGAGGAGCUUGGUGAAGACUUCUUCGGCUUCAAGGCACUUGGGCUUGACAAGGAGAUGGGCCUGGACAUGAUGUCCGUACCUCUACACCUUCUCCAGUCUCGCGUGCGCAGUCAAUUCCAGAGUCAGGCCCAAGCAGUCGGCACCGAGACUGCGGACCUCUUCGAGCCUCUUGCACCACCCGAUCCAGUCACCAGGGAGAACAUUCAAGAACAGAUCGGACUGGUCAAGAACUUCUUCCUCGCCAAGCUGCACGCUAAUGGUGAUCAGCCUCUGGUUGAAGAUGAGGACCUUCCCGUGAAGCAACGGCGACCUCGCCCCCGACUUGGCGCGACCGGAAAGAUUGUCUCCCCGCAAAAGCGUCCUCCCAAGGAACAGAUUGCGCUGGCCAAGAAGAAGAAGAAGCUUGAAUCUGGAGGCUCCCAAGUCACAGAUGGAAAAGGCGCUAAUGCAACGCCCGAGAAGAUAUCUCCCUCCAAGAAACUCAAAAGCAUUAGUCUUCCCAACGGAGCUGGACCGAGUAAUGGUGCAGUGGCUGCGCUUCAGGCACCUGCCAUGGAGAGGGUGGAAAGCAUGCAAAGCCAGGGCAAUGCGAGCCAGACAGAUAAAGACGAUGCAGUGGGCAUGAUGAGUCCGGAGAGCAUACAACAAUAA